GCUGUCUGUUUUGUUUACAAGUGGACCAGUUCCUUCUGCUCUCCGGUCAAGUCCUUUGCAAGCUGUCUCAUAUUGCUGAAAGUCUUUGGCGUCAUGGCGCUUUUUCGUUUUUAACAUCUUUUUCGUCAGUUAACUAUGUGUGGGAUAUUUUGUUCACUGUUGAGUGCCAACUCCUGUCAGGAAAAUCGGUCUGACCAUAAUGCCCUGGAAGCGUGCUUAUGCAACCUCAAGAGUCGAGGUCCAGAUAGUUUUCAAUCUAUGACAUGUGUGCUUCCAUCAAGCCAUUCGCUUCAAUUUGCUGCUUCAGUUCUGCAAACACAGGGUAAACAGAUUUGUUCGCAACCUUAUGAAGAAGAUGGAAAUGUAUUAUGUUGGAAUGGUGAUGUUUUCAAUGGCGAAUAUGUCAAUGAAAUCCACAGCGAUGGUCUAAGUGAUACUCAAGUAAUAUCAAAGUACUUAUCUGUUUGUUUGAAACAAGGUCAGCCCUUGUCAGAUGUGUUUAACAAAAUUGAAGGCCCCUAUAGUUUUAUUUUCUACGCCAAAGAGGAACAGAUCAUUUGGUUCGGGAGAGAUCCAGCUGGCCGUCACAGCUUGCUAUUUGAGGUUGCACAACAACCCCCUAAAUUAAUACUGACGUCAGUCGGUCAUUCCAGUCUGUCAAAUUUAAAAGAGGUUCCUGCUAUUGGAUUAUUUGAAGUUGAUCUGAAUAAUACUAUAAACAAAGAUGAGCUGUGCAUUUAUCUUCAUCCGUGGGAAGAAUUAAAGGAAGACCAUUUGAAAGAUUACUGCCUAGUAUUACCUCAAAUUCAAAUCAAGGCUCCUAUUUGUGAACAAUAUAUUUUCAAACCCUCAUCAAUAAGCCAUUUAAAACUAGUUCAUGAUGCAGGACUGCUCCCCUCAUUAAAUAACAUUCCUAUAGAAUUUCAAAUGGAAGCUCUUUAUAAUUUAAAAAAAUUUGAGCUUAAUAUGUUAAAUGUAUUAGCCUCGUUAGAAGCUGCUGUCAAAGUCCGUGUGAACACUAACAUAAGACUUUGUCAAGUCUGUGUGGCAGAUGUUAAUACUCUUAACUCAUGUUGUCACACGAAAGUUGCUGUUCUAUUUUCUGGUGGUCUAGACUCAGCAAUUUUAGCAAAACUUGUUGACAAACAUGUGCCAGCAAAUGAACCAAUUGAUCUAUUAAAUGUUGCAUUUGAGAAGAAAGUUUCUUCAAAUAAUAAGCCUCAUGGUAAAAAAAAACCUACUGAUGAGGAAUAUGUUAACACGUUGUCCUUUGGAGAUGACUUGUACAAUGUCCCUGAUCGUAUAAGUGGCAGAAAAACCCUCAAGGAGCUACAAAAUUUAUGUCCAGAACGCAAGUGGAACUUUAUUGAGAUAAAUAUUCCUAUUGCUGAACUGCAAGAGGAACGGUCAAGUAGCAUUGGACACCUGAUUCAUCCAUUGAAAACUGUUUUAGACGAUAGUUUAGGCUGUGCUUUAUGGUUUGCUGCUCGAGGACAAGGAAAAAUAUAUGAAUCCAAUGAAAUCUAUAGAUCACCAGCAAGAGUAGUUAUAACAGGAAUGGGUGCUGACGAACAGUUUGGAGGGUACAUGCGUCAUCGAACUACAUUGAAGAAUCAUGGUUGGGAAGCUCUUGGUGCCCAGCUUCAAAUGGAACUGGAAAGGAUCCCAUCACGAAAUCUUGGACGGGAUGAUCGUGUGAUUUCGCAUCAUGGGAGACAACCUCGGAUGCCUUUCUUAGACGAAAAUGUGAUUCGUCUUGUGAAAGCUCUUCCACCGUGGGAUAGGUGCUGUCCUAAUGAUGCGUUGCCAUGUGGUGUUGGAGAUAAGUUACUCCUGAGACUUGUUGCCUGGCACAUUGGACUUAAAGGAGCUGCAGUCUUCCCCAAAAGAGCCUUGCAGUUUGGUUCAAGAAUUGCAAAUAGCAAGGAAAAUGCUGCGCACACAUCAGACAGAUUAUAAUAUGAGGACUGCUGUUUGGUCCUCUUAAAGGGCCUCUUUGAGGGAUUUGACUUUUAUUUUUUAAAUUAAUAAUGAGACUGUUUUCAAAAUUAAUGAAUUUUUAAUUAAAACAAUCACUAUAAGUGUACUGAAAACAGUUGUGUGU